UUUUUUAAUCACUUUCAAACGUCGAGGACUGUACACAAUCCUCAAAACGUCGUCGUUGUCGCCGGCCACGCAACGUUAACCUUAACGUACGCGUGUGUGAGAGAGAGCGGGGUGAGUUAAGUCUUUCUCCUCUUCCGCCUUGUUUGACUGAGUCAGCGAGUCGCCCGGUCGCGAAGGCUCGUGUCGUUUCCAGAUAUUGGAACAGCGGAAACGCAGACAAAGCAAAUCUCUCUUGCUGACCUGAACGAUUUGGAUUUUGCUCCUAAUUUGGCGGCGGAUCGGACCGAAACAUGUAUAGGCGAUGGGUUUCUAGGGUCUUGGGAGUGUUGUGAGCAUGGAAUUUUGAAGUAGAAGAGAGAAAGAGGAAAAGGUUUGGGGAAUUGGAGGUGGGGGUUUGGUAGUUAGGGUUUUGGGAGUGGGAGGUGAAGAUGAUGAUAUCGAGAGGGCUGUUCGGGUGGUCUCCGCCGCACAUACAGCCGCUGACGCCGGUGUCGGAGGUGUCGGAGCCUCCGGAAUCCCCGUCGCCGUACUUGGAGCCGAACGUGGAUGCGGUGCCGGUGGAGGUGGAGGAGGAGAUUGAGGAGCCGGAGGAGAUCGAGCCGCCGCCUGCGGCCGUGCCCUUCUCGCGGCUUUUUGCGUGUGCCGAUGGACUCGACUGGGGUUUGAUGGUGAUUGGAUCCUUGGCCGCUGCGGCUCACGGUACUGCACUGGUAGUUUACUUGCAUUACUUUGCGAAGAUUGUUCAGUUGCUGGACGUUGUUCCCGAUGCACGGGACGAGUUGUUUCGUAGGUCUACGGAGCUUGCUUCUACUAUGGUUUUUAUUGCAGUGGGGGUUUUUGUUGCUGGUUGGAUUGAGGUCUCAUGUUGGAUUCUUACCGGAGAACGGCAGACAGCUGUCAUCAGAUCAAGAUAUGUUCAAGUACUGCUCAAUCAGGACAUGAGUUUUUUUGAUACAUAUGGUAACAAUGGAGACAUUGUGAGCCAAGUGCUGAGUGAUGUGCUGCUCAUUCAGUCUGCUCUUAGUGAAAAAGUUGGGAAUUAUAUUCAUAACAUGGCUACUUUUUUUAGCGGCCUCAUUAUUGGAUUUAUCAACUGUUGGGAGAUUGCCCUCAUUACAUUGGCCACUGGACCAUUUAUUGUUGCUGCUGGCGGAAUAUCAAAUAUUUUUCUGCAUAGGCUUGCUGAGAAUAUUCAAGAUGCCUAUGCUGAAGCAGCAAGUAUUGCUGAACAGGCAGUCUCUUAUAUUAGGACCCUAUACGCAUUCACAAAUGAAACAUUGGCCAAGUAUUCCUAUGCAACUUCACUACAAGCGACACUGAGAUAUGGCAUAUUGAUAAGUCUUGUGCAAGGACUUGGGCUUGGAUUUACAUAUGGGCUUGCAAUAUGUUCUUGUGCCUUACAGCUUUGGGUUGGAAGGUUCUUGGUUAUACAUGGAAGAGCUCAUGGUGGUGAAAUUAUAACUGCACUAUUCUCUGUAAUUUUAAGUGGCCUUGGGCUUAAUCAGGCAGCAACAAACUUCUAUUCAUUUGACCAAGGGCGAAUUGCUGCGUAUAGGCUUUUUGAGAUGAUAAGCCGUUCAACCUCUGUGGUUAAUCAUGAUGGGAAUACUCUACCUUCUGUACAAGGGAACAUUGAGUUUCGGAAUGUAUAUUUUAGUUACCUAUCUCGUCCAGAAAUUCCUAUCUUGAGUGGGUUUUACCUAAGUGUACCUGCUAAAAAAGCAGUGGCACUUGUUGGCAGGAAUGGCUCUGGAAAAAGCAGCAUUAUUCCGCUAAUGGAGCGGUUUUAUGAUCCCACAUUAGGAGAAGUCCUUUUGGAUGGAGAGAAUAUUAAAAACCUGAAGCUGGAAUGGCUAAGAAGCCAAAUAGGACUUGUCACCCAGGAACCUGCUUUACUAAGUUUGAGUAUUAGAGAUAAUAUUGCUUAUGGGCGACCUAGUGCUACUUCAGAUCAGAUUGAAGAAGCUGCUAAAAUAGCUCAUGCACAUACAUUUAUCAGCUCACUUGAGAAAGGAUAUGAAACACAGGUGGGAAGGGCUGGUCUAGCAUUGACUGAAGAACAGAAAAUAAAACUUUCUGUUGCUAGAGCAGUGCUUUCAAAUCCAUCUAUUCUUCUGCUUGAUGAGGUUACUGGAGGACUAGAUUUUGAAGCUGAAAGAGCUGUACAGGAGGCUUUAGAUCUCCUUAUGUUGGGACGAUCAACAAUAAUAAUAGCUAGGCGGCUUAGUCUCAUAAGGAAUGCAGAUUACAUAGCUGUGAUGGAGGAGGGUCAACUUGUUGAAAUGGGUACACAUGAUGAAUUAUUAACUUUGGAUGGCCUAUAUGCUGAGCUUCUCAAGUGUGAAGAAGCUGCAAAACUUCCAAGGAGGAUGCCAGUGAGGAAUUACAAGGAGACAGCAACUUUCCAAAUUGAAAAAGAUUCAUCAGCAAGUCAUUGUUUCCAAGAACCAUCUUCCCCCAAAAUGGUCAAAUCACCUUCUCUUCAGAGAGUUCCUGGCAUCCAUGGAUUUAGACCCUCAGAUCUUGCUUUCAACUCACAAGAAUCACCAAAAACUCGAAGCCCUCCACCUGAGCAAAUGAUGGAAAAUGGUGUGCCUUUGGACUCUACGGAUAAGGAGCCUUCAAUAAAGAGGCAGGACAGUUUUGAAAUGAGACUACCGGAGUUACCCAAGAUUGAUGUCCAGGUGGCACAUCAACAAACAUCGAAUGCUUCAGACCCUGAAUCCCCUGUUUCACCACUUUUGACAUCUGAUCCAAAAAAUGAACGUUCCCAUUCACAAACUUUUAGUCGGCCCCAUAGUCAAUUUGACGAUGUGCCAAUGAGAACAAAGGAUGCAAAGGAUGUGCGACAUCGAGAAUCACCUUCAUUUUGGAGGCUUGUAGACCUUAGCUUGGCAGAAUGGCUUUAUGCUGUCUUAGGAAGUAUUGGUGCUGCUAUCUUUGGUUCUUUUAAUCCACUUCUUGCUUAUGUUAUUGCACUGAUAGUAACAGCAUAUUAUAGAGGUGGUGAAGGUGGUGAACAUUCUCAUGAUGAUCGUCGUCACUUGAGGCAGGAAGUAGAUAAAUGGUGCUUGAUCAUUGCUUGCAUGGGUGUUGUGACAGUGGUUGCCAAUUUUUUGCAGCAUUUCUACUUCGGUAUCAUGGGAGAGAAAAUGACAGAAAGAGUUAGGAGAAUGAUGUUCUCAGCAAUGCUGCGUAAUGAAGUUGGAUGGUUUGAUGAAGAGGAUAACAGUGCUGAUACCUUGUCCAUGCGGUUGGCAAAUGAUGCUACGUUUGUGCGAGCUGCAUUUAGCAACCGACUUUCUAUAUUUAUACAGGACAGUGCAGCUGUUAUUGUGGCUGUCCUUAUAGGGAUGUUGCUGGGAUGGAGAUUGGCUCUUGUUGCUUUGGCAACCCUACCUAUUCUUACUGUUUCUGCUUUCGCCCAGAAAUUGUGGCUUGCUGGAUUCUCAAGGGGCAUACAGGAGAUGCACAGGAAAGCAUCUUUGGUUCUCGAGGAUGCAGUUAGGAAUAUUUACACUGUUGUAGCUUUCUGUGCUGGCAACAAGGUAAUGGAGCUUUACAGACGGCAACUGAGGAAAAUAUUCAAGCAGAGCUUUUUUCAUGGAAUGGCUAUCGGUUUUGCUUUUGGCUUUUCACAGUUUCUUCUUUUUGCCUGCAAUGCUCUUCUCCUCUGGUACACAGCAGUCUCUGUUAAAAACCAGUAUAUGGAUAUGCCUACAGCUCUCAAGGAGUACAUGGUAUUCUCUUUUGCGACCUUUGCCCUUGUGGAGCCUUUUGGCUUGGCUCCUUACAUACUUAAACGACGAAAAUCUCUUACUUCAGUAUUUGAAAUCAUAGACCGAGUGCCUAAUAUUGACCCUGAUGACAACUCAGCAAUGAAACCCCCCAAUGUAUUUGGUACUAUUGAGUUGAAAAAUGUUGACUUUUGUUAUCCAACACGGCCAGAAGUGCUAGUGUUGAGCAAUUUCAGUCUUAAGGUCAGUGGAGGACAAACUGUAGCUGUAGUGGGAGUUUCAGGGUCAGGAAAAAGCACUAUAAUAUCUUUAAUAGAGAGAUUUUACGAUCCGGUUGCUGGUCAGGUUUCUCUAGAUGGACGAGAUUUGAAAUCGUAUAACUUGCGGUGGUUGAGGAACCACCUGGGUCUUGUUCAACAGGAACCUAUCAUUUUCUCAACAACCAUUAGGGAAAAUAUCAUAUAUGCAAGGCACAAUGCAAGUGAAGCUGAGAUGAAAGAGGCAGCAAGGAUAGCAAAUGCUCACCACUUCAUCAGCAGCUUGCCUCAUGGUUAUGACACACAUGUGGGGAUGAGGGGUGUAGAUCUAACCCCAGGACAAAAACAGAGAAUUGCAAUUGCUCGGGUGGUGUUGAAGAAUGCACCUAUCUUGCUGUUGGAUGAAGCAAGCUCUUCCAUUGAGUCUGAGUCAAGCCGAGUGGUGCAGGAGGCUCUUGAUACAUUGAUCAUGGGGAACAAAACAACUAUUCUGAUAGCCCACAGAGCUGCAAUGAUGAGGCAUGUUGACAACAUUGUAGUUCUUAAUGGAGGGCGGAUCAUGGAGGAAGGGUCCCACGAUUCUUUGGUGGCAAAGAAUGGUUUGUAUGUUCGUUUGAUGCAACCCCACUUUGGGAAGGGUUUGCGUCAGCAUCAUCGACUUGUUUAGAUGGGUGUUUGCGAUGGAGUGUAAUUUAGGCUUUGGUUUAUCAAUAUCAGUCUCAUUUUUUUCCCUGAACUGCUGGAGAAGUUGGCAACAUUCCAGAAUUUUUCUAGAGAAUCGGUUGGUGGAGUAUUCCAGCAAUGGCAAGAAUGAAUGAAAAUGGUGAGGCUUGUAACAAUGUUUAUAGAGCUGGCUGGGGAGCUGGCUGGUGGCAGUUACAUUGUUCAAAAGUAGGAUUGAGAAGCAGAGUUUUGAAGUUUGGUUAGCAUUGGAAACAUGGUAUCAGGCUAGAUACAUAUUCUUUUGGAGGGAAGCAUCUCCAGUUCUGAUUGUGUUCGCCUCCAUGGUAUAUUGAUUUGUUAAUUAAUCAGAAAGUGGGAUUUGAGAUAAUUGUAGCUUUUCUUUCAGGUGUUUUUUGUUUCCUUCUUUGUGUUUUGUUUUGUUGUGCUGUUGGUGGGUCUCUCUCCUUCACAGGUUUGGGUGGUGAAUUUGUUUCUUGCUGUAAAUCUCUUUUCUUUUUACCCUCAUUUGUGAGAAUAGUAGGAAGUUACGAACAAGAAAACUAGUCAAGGCAAUUUGUUUUAACCUUACUGUGUAAAUAAAUAGAUGGAUAAUUUCUGAGCCUUUCA